AUGGGCAGCAAGGAAGAUGUGGGCAAGGGGUGUCCGGCUGCUGGUGGCGUCUCCAGCUUCACCAUCCAGUCCAUCCUGGGCGGGGGCCCCUCCGAAGCACCGAGGGAGCCCGCCGGCUGGCCAGCCAGGAAACGCAGCUUGUCUGUGUCCUCGGAGGAGGAGGAGCCGGACGACGGCUGGAAGGCGCCCGCUUGCUUCUGCCCAGACCCGCACGGCCCCAAGGAGCCAGGCCCCAAGCACCACCCCCCCAUCCCUUUUCCUUGCCUGGGUACUCCCAAGGGCAGCGGAGGCGCGGGGCCGGCGGGCUCCGAGCGUUCGCCUUUUCUCUCUCCUUCCCAUCCGGACUUUAAAGAAGAGAAAGAGAGGCUCUUGCCGGCGGGCUCUCCCUCGCCGGGGCCAGAGCGGCCGCGGGACGGCGGCGCCGAGCGGCAGACGGGCGCGGCCAAGAAGAAGACGCGCACCGUCUUCUCGCGCAGCCAGGUGUACCAGCUCGAGUCCACCUUCGACAUGAAGCGCUACCUGAGCAGCUCGGAGCGUGCGUGUCUCGCCUCCAGCUUGCAACUCACCGAGACCCAGGUCAAGACUUGGUUCCAGAACCGCCGCAACAAGUGGAAGCGGCAGCUCUCGGCCGAGCUGGAAGCGGCCAACAUGGCGCACGCGUCCGCGCAGACUCUGGUGGGCAUGCCGCUGGUGUUCCGGGACAGCUCGCUGUUGCGCGUGCCGGUGCCACGCUCUCUCGCCUUCCCCGCGCCGCUCUAUUACCCCAGCAGCAACCUCUCCGCCUUACCGCUGUAUAAUCUCUACAACAAGCUCGACUACUGA